AGCGCCCUAAUGCAUGACAAUUGGACUAAACAUUGAAAAAUGGUGGGAAAAUACAAUCUUUUGCGAUCUAAAUAUUGAUACUACAACAGGAUGUCAAGUAGAGUCACAGCUAAACAGAAGAGCGAAUAUUAUUAUCUUAAAUGUGUCUUGUAAGUUAUGUGUUAGUUGAUAUUUAUGCAACUACAGUUGUUAAUUGUUACAUUGGAACAAGGUUGAUGACGGCGGUAACAGACUUGCUACAAGUUGUUCCAACAAGACUAAUACAGGCUGUUCGUAACAAGUUGCUACGAGCUUGUUGUCAUCAACUUUUUAACAACUUGUUACGUGCAGACGAUAUGUUGGAACAACUUGUUGCGAGUCUGUUGGCCUCAUCAACCUUGUUACAAGAUGAUAACGACUUGUUCCAGACUUGUCAACUGGGAACAAGCAGUGCGAACACAUUUUGUUGACAAGCUGUGUUAGUUUCUAUCAGUGUGAAAGUAAUUAUGAUUAAUGUUCAAGUCAAAUCGAACUGCAGUCGCCCCCAGGUAAAUCUUGCGGAACAAUCACAAACCCUGGAGUACACCCCCCAGUGGUGUUCUGUGCUUGAGUUUCAAAUAGUGAUUAGCAAUACUUCUACUGUUAACACUGUAUGUUUAUUUCUUGAAAUGAUUUGAUUGAUUUGUGAGCUCACAAGAAAAUAAUCAGAAUGCUUUAGUUAAAUAGAUCAUGGUUAAUUUAAGUAUGUAAACUUGUCGAAGCCAUUGUACAGCCAUAAUUUCAAAUAUACUGUACGUUAAAAAGCAAAUUUACUGUACUGUGCUACAGCCAGGGCUGCAAAUAAAUAUUUGACUUGACAGGACAUUUGUCCGAUCACUUUUAAUUUUGGUCGGACACGACUUGAAUUUGGUCGGACAAAAACCAACACCACUAAAUUUGGUCAGACAUAUACAGUAUACGUCACAAGAUAUAUAAGUUGCGAGACAAGUAGGUAUAGCCAUUCUGGCACAACGUUAAGUAAAAUGCUAGAAUGCCUCGUACAUUUUAUUGCAAAAUGCAAAUUGAGUGAAUUUGCAAUCGGAUUUUGUCACAGCAAUAAAAUGCAUGCGACAAUUUUUUUUUGUGAUUGGACCAAUGUCCGAUCAAAAUUACUUUUGCUCAGACAUUUGCCAAAUUUAGUUGGACAUUGUCAGAUGUCCGACAGUAAUUUGCAGGCCAGGCCUGUACAGCUAUUGUCGGGUCACACAUACAUGGAAAAAGAUAAUGUAAAACAUAACAGAACGGCAAACAUGCAGAUUAAUGGUAAUAAAUGUUGGGAUAGUAGCGUUGCAGACUGCAGAGGAGAGUGGACAGUAAGGCUCUCAGACUCCAUCAUGCAUGACCCUGUGGAAAACCUGCACCCCUCCUUACAGAUAAGGCUAGAUCCGGCCCGCAUUAGACAGUAAGAAUUGUUGAGCGAUUUCUGUUUUCAAUUCCUCCCCACCCUAUCAUAAUACCAAUGAUAAAUUCAUAUCCCCUUGAUGAUUCUCUUGCAAUCUAGUGGUUUUUGACAUGACUCGAUGAAAGGCGGCAUGAGUUUUAUGUAUUGAAAUAUAUCACUGGGCAUAAUAAAUUAUAUCAAACCUGGUUAAAAGGACUCCAAAGUAGGAGAGAUCUCGUAUUUCAAGAAGAUUAUUAUUGCUGCUUGAACAACCUUCGUUUACAAUUAUACUAUAAUCACUGGGAAAAUUAUGUAGUUUUACUGAAUAAUGCAAUACAGUAGGACUUAUUUCAAUACAUAAAAUCAUCGAUCCUGUGAUUCCUGUCUCACAUUUUGUACCAACAAAGCAGGACCAUGUAAACAGCUCCUUAGCCAUGUGAAUAUUUUGGGCGACAUGCAAACCCAUUCCAGUCAGCAUAAGUUGAGUUACUAGUUAAAUGUUGUACUGGAAUCUCGACCAGUUCUAGAUUAUUCUUCUUCUUUUAUUGAUCCAGUGUUAUUGCAGGAGAACCUAAACUAAACAAACUUUAUUUAUACUGGAUAGCUCUAUUAGUUCUAAACUGUUCUUCCUAGAGGUCCAGUAAGAAUCAUCUCUUAUUGAUCCAGUGUUACUGCAAGAGGAAACCUAAACUAAACUAACUUUAUUUAUACUGGAUAGCUCUAUUAGUUCUAAACUGUUCUUUCUAGAGGUCCAGAAGGAUCAUAUCUUAUUGAUCCAGUGUUACUACAGGAGGAAACCUAAACUAAAUAAGGGGGCCCACCCCUUAUUUCUCCAGCAAUUUGUUAAUUUAAAUGUCUAGGUUAAUCUAGUUCAUACUAGGUUUUGUAUAAUAAAACUGGAAGCUGUCUUCUCACUAGAGAACAAGAGGAAAAUGGAACAAUAAAGUACAUUGUGCUGGAACGUGUGAAAUUGAAAAGUUUAAUUGUCAAUGCUCUAAAACAGUUACAUGGCUUGGUAUGAAAUACACUGUUAUAGCCAUCUUGUUGUUAUUGUUUGUUUGUUUGUUGUGAUUUCUGCUGUUGUUUGUCAUUACUUUUGUAGUAGUUGUUGUUGUUGGUGUCUAAAGUUUAAAUCUUAACCGUGAAACAGGUUGGGGCUGCAAUUACCGUUGAUGUUUUAAAAUGUGAAAAAACGAGUGGCGAAAUUAUAUUGAGAGUAAAAUCUAGGUAACUAAUCUUCAAAACUAAAUCUUGACUAAUAAACUAUAGUUAGUACUAUACUCAGUAUACUGCCUGGUAGAUCUAUCAGUUUUAAACUGUUCUCUCUAGAGGUCCAGUAAGGAUCAUCUCUUAUUGAUUCAGUGUUAGUACAGGAGGAAACCUAAACUAAACUAACUUUAUUUAUACUGGGUAGCUCUAUCAGUUCUAAACUGUGCUCUCUAGAGGUCCAGUAAGGAUCAUCUUUUAUUGAUCCAGUGUUACUACAGGAGGAAACCUAAACUAAACUAACUUUAUUUAUACUGGGUAGCUCUAUCAGUUCUAAACUGUUCUCUCUAGAGGUCCAGUAAGGAUCAUCUCCUAUUGAUCCAGUGUUACUACAGGAGGAAACCUAAACUAAACUAACUUUAUUUAUACUGGAUAGCUCUAUCAGUUCUAAACUGUUCUCUCUAGAGGUCCAGUAAGGAUCAUCUCUUAUUGAUACAGUGUUACUACAGGAGGAAACCUAAACUAAACUAACUUUAUUUAUACUGGAUAGCUCUAUCAGUUCUAAACUGUUCUCUCCAGAGAUCCAGCAGUUUGAAUCAUUCCAUCUUUGCUACUUCGGUUGAAAUUCAACAAAAUAACUUUUCUAAAGUAACUAUUCUCCCCACCUUAGCGAUUUGAUCAAAUUACGGAGCUCACUGACAAUUUUGAACAAUUAUAAUGGCACACCAUGUCGCUGUAAUGUCAAACAGGUAAAGCAUGUACAUAGUUAGGACAUCCUAUAAAUCCAAUUCUAUACCAAUAAAAAUGUGAACCAAAUUAACUCGUAAUGACCAUAAACAUUUGUGUUGUUAGCUUGGGGACAGGUCAUUAAAUUUAUGGCGGGGGCUGGCAACGAAGAGAAAAGAGUUGGGUAAACAAAAUUUUGAGUGAGUAAAAGGUUGGGUAAAUGAAAAACAAAACAACUCGAGGGUUGGGUCAUAAAAACUUAUCAUCAUUUCCAAAGCAUGUCAACAGUCAUAUGUCAAUACGAUAUGUAAAUCAAUCAGAGUCACUAUAUCUUGAUCAUUUUCCGAUUUGUCAAGAGGCAAAUGGUGUCUCCAAAGAAAGUACAUAUGCAGACAACAUGAAACUUUAGACUGCAGAAAAUUGCACAAGCAGUUAUCAAACUCGUGUCACAGAAGUGGUAAAGGACAUGUGUGACAACUGAAUGGUAUCCUUUUGUAAAGUUUUUGGCCACGGAUGGGUAUUUAUUUUUUAAUUGAUAUUUGAGGUUGGAUAAAAGAAAUUUUGGACUUUUUAAUGGUUGGGUCAGCAAACGUUUUACCAAGAAAUACAUUUCUGUUUGGUGCUAUCCCACGCCAUAAAUUACGACCGGUCCUUUAAGCCCAUUCUAUUUAAGUAUACAUGAUACAUGACUUAAUGUAUGAUUCCAGACAAGAAGAACGAAAUCCAACACGGACCAUAGCUGGAAAGAGCAUCUUAGAAUGAGUAAAAUUGCAAAGUUUGGUUGCAAAUUGUUGUAAAAUGAGGAAAAUAUAGCCCUGUGAAGUUCGCAAAUUUUGCAUAUAUUUGAAUUACGCGCGGGAAAAAUAACCAUUCUUGAGCCGAAAGUGGCUAUUUUUACCGCGCGUAAUACAAAUAUAUACAAAAUUUUCGAACUUCGCAGGGCUAUAUUUUCUUCAAUUCACAACAUUUAGCAACCAAUCUUUGCAGUUUUACUCAUUCUAAGACGCUCUUUCUAGCUGUGGUGUUGGAUUUCGUUCUUCUUGCCUUGAUCAAAAUUUAGUCUAUAGCUCGAAUUACUCAUUCGCUGGCGCACGUCUGAAGUCUUCGAAUGCCAUCUAUAGGUAUUAAUUUACGGGCUGUUUACAUGAGCCCUACAGGGAGGGCUAGCUGGCCCUACUAGGCGAGAUCCCGCGUGCUAUUUGAAAUCCUUAUUGAAAUACUUGAGGAGGGCCAGCUCUCCUAGGCGAGAUCUCACUAUUAUUCACCCGAGAUCUCGCCUAGUAGGGCUGGAAUUUUCUCAUAUAAACGCAGUAGAGAGGGCUGGCCCUCCUCCUAGUAGGGCUGAGUGAAAAAGCCGUCGAAUCGAUUUUAGACUAAACUCUUUGAACCUUUUUUUGUUUUAAGGAUGUAGUUCUAAACGGAUAUUCAAAUAUCUGUUGGCUUUUAUUCCAAAAUUUAGUCGGCAAACUAUGAUUUUGGACGCCAAAAUAAAAAUAACGAGUCGCACGGAAGCCAUUUAAGUGCUACUUGCGAAAGGAAGCUAUCCCUACCAGUAGGGCUGAUUUUUCUCAUGUAAACAAGCGGUGGAAAUUAGCCCUACUCAGCCCUCCCGGUAGGGCUCAUGUAAACAGCCCCUAAUUUGUACUCUAUUAUUUUAAUUCCGUUUAGGUUUCACCAUACUUAAUGUCCCUGGCAGCAGACAGCAGGGCGUGGUCGCCCGUGGAAGUUCGUGGCAAGCAAUCAAGAUAUUAUGAACAGUCUUAAAAUAAUAUUUCAUAGAUUUUCAGAUUGAC